AUGUUUGUCGCCCACUUCCACCAAGCUCGUUGGCCCCCGAUUGACGCGAAUCAUGAGACUGAUGCGCCAGGCAGUGCCAAAGGGCGAGACGUCGACUUCCGGGACCCAAAGUCGGUGGUGCAACUGACCAAGACGCUCCUCGAGUUGGAUUUUGGCAUCAAGAUAGAGCUCCCCCCCGACAGAUUAUGUCCGCCGGUGCCAAACCGCCACAGCUACAUCCUUUGGCUGAAGGAUUUGCUCGACACAUCUUCGUACGACGAGCCCGGUCGAAAGCGUACGGGAAUGGACAUCGGCACCGGUGCCAGCUGCAUCUAUCCCUUGCUGGGUUCUUGGCGGGCAGACAUUGACGCCGAAAGUCUGAAAUGGGCCAGGAGGAACGUCGAAAUCAACGGCCUGUCAAGCCGCAUCAAUGUGGUCGCCCGGUCGGCAGACAGCGCGCUCAUCCCGCUGGACGAGCUCGGUCUCGAGGCUGUCGACUUCACCAUGACGAACCCCCCCUUCUACGAGUCGGAAGAGGACCUGCUCAGCAGCGCAAAGAAGAAGAAGAGGCCUCCGCACACCGCCUGCACGGGCAGCAGCACCGAAAUGGUCACUCCCGGCGGCGAGUUGGCCUUUGUCGUCGGCCUGCUCAAGGAGUCCUGUGCCUUGCGGACACGCAUACAGUGGUACUCUGCCAUGUUUGGGUUUCUCUCCAACCUCGUCGAUUUCAUCGGGCAGCUACGGGCAUACGGGGUGACCAACUACGCAGUCACGGAAUUCGUGCAAGGGAACAAGACGCGGAGGUGGGCCGUCGCGUGGUCCUUUCAGCCAAUGCGUCCGGCGCAGCAUGUCGCGAGGGGCACGAGAUCCGCGCUCUCCAGGAACAUUCUUCCUCGUGUGACGGAGGCCGAGGUGAUUUCGUUCGAGAUGCCCAGGAGCAUUGGGGGGUUUGCCGCCACCAUGACUGGCGCCAUCGAGUCACUGGACCUGAUAUCUUGGAGCUGGGACACACAAGCGUAUGAGGGAACCGGCCGCGCGGCUGACAAGGUAUGGGCGAGGGCGUGGCGGAGACGGAAGAAGAGGGAACAACAAGGCGCGGACGGGGACGAGGACGGUGCGGCUUCACAAAGCGAGCCGAGGUGCAUGUUUGGCUUCAAGGUGUGGAUUCGUGUAUCGGUGAAGGGGGUGGUGGUGGUGGGAUGUCGCUGGGUGGAAGGGUUCGACGCGACGGCGUUUGAGAGCUUUGGGGGGUUUCUACAGUCGACGGCCAAAGCGGCGGCAGGUUUACAGUGA